AUGCAGAAGGCCACCUAUUACGACACCUCCACGCUCUUCGGGGGUUACUCCUACCAAGGCGCCAACGGCUUCGGCUACGAGGGUCCCCCGCAGCCGUUCCAGCCGGCCGCGGCCCACGUGGAGAGCGACUACCAGAGGCCGGCCUGCACCCUCCAGGCCCUCGGCAACGCCGCCCCCCUGGCCAAAACGAAAGACCUGAACGGGAGCUGCCUGCGCCCCAGCCUGGCCCCGGAGCACCACCCGGCCCCGCCCGUCUCGCCGCCCCCCAAUCCCAUCACCAGCACCACCGGCACCAGCGGCGGCACCGGGGGGCACGGCAAUAACCCGAGCCAGCCCGGCGGGGUGAAAAGCGCCCCCAACAAAUCCGGCCUGGCCUCUAGUAACGCGGCUCUCACCAAGCAGAUUUUCCCUUGGAUGAAAGAGUCGAGGCAAAACUCCAAGCAGAAAAACAGCUCCCCCAGUACAGGGGAAAGCUGCAGCGGUGAGAAAAGCCCUCCAGGCUCCUCGGCUUCCAAGAGGGCCCGCACUGCUUAUACGAGCGCCCAGCUGGUCGAGCUGGAGAAGGAAUUCCAUUUCAACCGCUACCUUUGCAGACCCCGCCGGGUGGAAAUGGCCAACCUGUUGAAUCUCAGUGAGCGGCAGAUCAAGAUCUGGUUCCAGAACCGGAGAAUGAAAUACAAAAAGGAUCAGAAGUCAAAAGGCUUGGGGUCUUCUUCCGGGGGGCCUUCCCCCACCGGAAGCCCUCCCCAGCCCAUGCAGUCCUCUGCUGGGUUCAUGAACGCUCUGCACCCCAUGACUUCAAACUAUGACGCCCCGUCUCCGCCCUCCUUCAACAAACCCCACCAGAAUGCCUACGCCAUGCCCACUGCCUACCAAAACCCCAUCAAAAGCUGCCCCACCCAACAGAAGUAUGCCAACACGGCACCCGAGUACGAUCCACACGUCUUACAGGGUAAUGGAGGAGGCGCCUACGGCCCCCCUAAUAUGCAAGGCAGUCCCGUGUACGUUGGUGGCAACUAUGUGGAUUCUAUGCCUGCUUCUACUCCUUCUCUGUAUGGGCUGAACCCCCUCCAGCAUCACCAGCCGCCCAGCAUGGAAUACAACGGGGCUCCUCAGAUGGGGUCCAACCAGCACCACGGACCUUGCGAGUCUCAUCCCACAUACACAGACCUUUCCACCCACCAUGCUUCUACUCAGGGCAGAAUCCAAGAGGCGCCCAAACUGACCCAUCUGUGA